AACUCUUUAAAAAUCGGAACCUUACUUUAUUCACCGCAACAUAUCCGGACAAAAUAUGAACACGGACCGGUCCACUUCCGCCACGACUGUCAACAGAGGAGCGUCCACACGUGUUUCCAAACAGAUAAAAUGCCGAAGCCUCAGAAAGGAAAAGGAAAGCCUCAGGAGAAGGUUUGUCACCCAUACAGCCGGAAAGCUGCGUACCUGGCCCGAGAAGAAAUCAGGCUGAAAAAGAAAGAAAGAUCACAGAAUGACAAAGCCACACGUCUGAGCAGCAUCGGUGAGAAGCUGUUGUGGUUUCAGGAGCGUUUGGAUACAGAAAAGACAGCGUUCACCAAAAAAGAUGCCUGUGAGAUCAUUGAAAGCUACCUCCAGCGGUUUGAACCUGAACUUGAGCAGAUUGAGUUGAUGAACGGCAUCAAAGGUCGGCAGGGUCGUCUCCAUGGUGCCAGGGAAGCUGUCAUCAAACAGACCAUGGAGCGAGAGCGGGAACAGUAUGAGGGCAUCGGAUUCGAGAUCCCAGACAUCAUAAAUACAAAGAAUCUGAAAACAUUCAGGGAGUGGACUGGUGACCUGAAGAAACUUCCAAAUAUUAAACUGCGAAAGGUGUCCAAUAAAGACUUGGACACAAAGAAUGAAGAAGAUGAGAAACCUGAUGGCGCAGUUGAUGAUAAUGAGGACGAUGACGACGAUGAUGAUGAUGAUGAUGAUGACCAGCUGGAUGAGAUGGUGCUGAUGUCGGACUUACUCUGAACAUUUUCGUAUUAGACUUUAGCUCAAAUCUUUGGACGUACUAACGGGAUAACUGACCUGCAGGGCUGAACAUCAGACGGCCUUCAGAGGACAUUUUAUUGAAAGUGUUUUUGUGCCUGUGGGGGAAAUAUGCUGCUGCUCCACGACUGUCCAGAAGGUGGUGCCAGACUCUAGAAAACUAAACUUGUAUCAGUCUGUCCUUCACUUCUCUAAUGCUCAGUAAUUCCACAGCAGCCUGUGAGGGGUUCUACAUUCAUUGUUUAUUGCACAAACAAAUAGGAGUUGUAUGCAACCUGGAUACUGCCAUUUUAUCCAAUCAGAGAUAGAAAAAAGGUGUUGACAAAGAUGUUGCGUUUUCUUUAUGUUGUGGUGGCUAUUACACAGAGAAGGUGUUAUUUUCUGUGACCUGACAGAUUAAAAAACGAAUUAAACCUGUAGGUGUGAACAACA